AUGGGAGACGAAGCUGCACCACCUAUAAUAAUUCCAACAAAUUAUGGACGUAUUGACGAAUUUGAUGACAUUUCUGAAGAUUGGAUACAAUACACCGAAAGACUUAACCAUUAUUUUAUUGCAAAUAACAUUGAAAGUAUGGAAAAGCAACGAGCAAUUCUUUUAAGUGCCUGUGGCAAAAAGACAUACAAACUUAUGAGGAAUUUAAGUGCUCCGCAAAAGCCUGGGGAAAAGACUUAUGAUGACAUUGUUAAGUUAGUUACGGAUCACCAACAUCCAAAACCGUCAUCUAUCGUACAGAGGAGCAAGUUUAACAGCAGAUUGAGACAGCCAAACGAAUCGGUGAGCCAGUUUGUAGCAGAGCUUAGACAGAUAUCUGAACAUUGUGAUUACAAAGCUACUCUUGAUGAUAUGUUGAGAGAUAGACUUGUCUGUGGAAUAAAAGAAGACCGUAUUCUGAGACGUUUGUUAGCUGAACCUGAAUUGACAUUCAAAAAAGCAAUGGAAGUUGCAACAGCAAUGGAAAUGGCAGCUAAGAACGCACACGAUCUGCAAGUUCAGGAACCUAAGCAAGUGCACAAAGUUACAAUUCGUAAGGAGGAAUGUUACAGAUGUGGAGGAUCUCAUAAUGCAACGGAUUGUAAAUGGAAAGACGCAAAGUGUUAUGUGUGUGAUAAGAAGGGACAUUUAGCAAAAAAAUGCCGCAAUAAGGGGAAGCAAAAUCCUAAAGAAAAACCGAAAUUUAAGCAACAAACACAGCAAGGGAAAGUGUACCCUAAGCAGCGUCCGACUAAAACACAUUUUGUUGAGGAGGAUAGUGACGAUAUGGAGGAUACCUAUACAAUGUAUCAAUUGGAAGAUACAAAAAGGAAACCGUAUCUAGUGUCCGUUAAACUCAACAACACUGAAAUAAAUAUGGAAAUCGAUACAGGUGCAUCAGUUUCAGUGAUAAGUCAGGAGACAUGUAAACAAGUAUUUGGAAGUGACAAUUCAUUAGAAAAAUCACCGUGUAGCUUGCGUACAUACACAGGAGAGAAAAUUGAUGUGUUAGGAAAACGGAAUGUUACCGUUAUGUACAACAGUCAAAGUGUUGAUUUACCGAUCACCGUGGUUAAGGGAACGGGACCGAGUUUAAUGGGGCGUGAUUGGCUUCAUAAACUACAACUCAACUGGAAAUCAAUAUUCAAAAUUGAGCAAUUGUCACACAAUAAGGAACCGGAAAAGGACAAUGAGUUACAAGACUUGUUACGUAAGUACCCUCAAGUAUUUAAAGAAGAACUAGGUACAUUAAAAGGGACUAAAGCAAGGAUUUAUGUAGAUAAAGACGCUACACCUAAAUAUUUCAAAGCAAGGAUUUAUGUAGAUAAAGACGCUACACCUAAAUAUUUCAAAGCAAGGCCAGUGCCGUACGCACUCAAAGAAAAAAUUGAAAAAGAACUCGAUAGAUUGGAAAAAGGGGGAAAUAUCGAAAAGGUUGAAUUUUCCGAAUGGGCUGCUCCCAUAGUGCCAAUAGUAAAACCAGACAAAUCAGUAAGGAUUUGUGGGGACUACAAAGUAACUAUUAACCAAGUGUCUAAACUUGACAAUUAUCCGAUCCCUAAAACCGAUGAUCUCUAUGCAACAUUAAGUGGGGGACAAGCUUUUUCCAAGCUAGAUUUGAGCCAGGCCUAUCAACAAAUUGUACUCGACGAGGAGUCACGUAAAUAUGUAACAAUCAACACGCAUAAAGGAUUGUAUCAGUAUAAUCGUUUGCCGUUUGGAGUUUCAUCCGCACCGGGAAUAUUUCAAAGAACAAUGGAAAAUUUGUUACAAGGAAUUCCGAGAGUUGUUGUGAGAGUAGACGACAUUCUUAUCACUGGAAGUUUAAAGAGUGAACAUUUAAACAAUUUAGAAACUGUAUUACGCAAGAUACAGGAAUCAGGUAUGAGACUCAACAAGGACAAAUGCGUAUUUCUAGCACCUGAAGUAUUGUAUUUAGGUCAUAGAAUUGAUCAAUAUGGAAUAUAUCCUGUUGAAAACAAGGUCAAAGCGAUCACAGAGGCACCGGAACCUAAAAAUGUUACCGAGUUAAAAUCGUACUUAGGAAUGCUUAACUACUACAACAGAUUUCUGCCGGAUUUAUCUUCAAAACUAGCACCGUUACAUGAACUGUUGAAAAAGGAUAAACAAUGGGAAUGGGUCAAAUCACAACAAGAAGCUUUUGAACUAUCAAAAACUUUACUUAAAUCUUCUAAAGUGUUGGUACAUUAUGACCCGAACAAGGACAUUACUCUAUCGUGUGAUGCUUCAACGUAUGGAAUAGGAGCUGUCCUGUCGCACAAAAUGGAAGAUGGAUGUGACAGACCGGUUGGAUAUGUUUCGCGCACGCUAGCACCCGCCGAGAGGAAUUAUAGUGUUCUUGAGAAGGAGGGAUUAGCCGUUUUAUUCGCACUAAAGAAAUUUCAUCAAUAUUUGUUUGAUAGAACAUUCACAAUUUAUACAGAUCAUAAGCCAUUGGUAGGAUUAUUUAACGAAAAUAAGUAUAUUCCACCAAUGGCAGCCGCAAGAAUUCAGCGUUGGGCUUUGACACUGUCCGCAUAUGAAUAUAAGAUAGUUUACAAAGAAGGAAAGAAGAAUUCUAACGUUGACGCACUAAGCCGUCUACCGUUAAACCGAGUAGGGAAAACGGAAGUACCCGCAGAAAUGAUCAUGCUAAUGGAUAACAUGGAUUCUACGCCGGUAACUGCCCAGCAAAUUAAAGCAUGGACACGCAAGGAUCCGAUAUUGGGACAAAUAACUAACUAUGUUUUGAAAGGUUGGCCAAAUUACAGAGAUAAUGAUGAAAUGAAGCCAUAUUUUAGUCGAAAAACAGAGUUAAGUGUAUUUGACAGUUGUCUUUUGUGGGGAAAUAGAGUUGUUAUUCCAAACCACGGAAGAGAAAUUAUUCUUCAAGAACUACACGAGGGUCAUCAAGGAAUUUCACGUAUGAAAGUACUUGCGAGAGGUUAUGUCUGGUGGCCAAAUAUGGACGCAGAAAUUGAACAGACAGUUCGUGCAUGUCACCAAUGUCAAGUCAAUCGACAUGCUCCAUCAGAAGCUCCAAUGCAUCCUUGGGAAUGGCCGUCAAACCCAUGGUCAAGGAUACAUAUUGAUUAUGCAGGGCCACUGUACGGGAAAAUGUUCUUAGUAUGUGUUGAUGCACACUCAAAAUAUUUGGAUGUACAUGUAGUGAAUUCUGCAACCAGUGCAAACACUAUCGAGAAAUUGCGCACUAUGUUUGCAAUUCAUGGAUUACCAGAAAGCAUCGUGAGUGAUAAUGGAACACCGUUUGCUAGUCAGGAAUUCCAGGAUUUUGUUCAAAGAAACGGAAUUAAGCACAUUCGUUCUUCACCAUAUCAACCUAGCACAAAUGGGUUGGCCGAGCGUGCUGUUCAGACAUUUAAAGAGGGAGAUAGUGUGUACAUUUUGAGUCACAACCGUGAAGCUAAAUGGAUUACAGGAACUUUAGUUAAAAGAACAGGACCAGUUUCGUUUGUCAUUGAAUUAAACGAUGGCAGAACUGUUAAACGACAUCAGAAUCAGAUCAGACACAAAUAUGAUCAGUAUAGUGACAAUAAAUUACCAGAUAUAUCUGAGAUUCCAGAUAUUCAGAUUCCAGUCGUAUCCGACAAUCAUGCAGAUGUAGAAACACCGUCUGGUUCUAGUGACACUAAUGACAAUUCAAAAUCCGUUGUAAAACCUACCGCUGAGACUCCGAGACUGACCAGAACACGGAAACCGCCAAAUAGAUAUGGAGAUUUUGUGUAUAAUUAA